CCUGGUUUCUGACUUAUUUUAUGGGAUAUCAACCAGCGAGUGUAAGGAAUAAGCUUAGAGUAGUCUGGUGAAGUAUCGGGUAGGUUGUCAUAACUGAAGGGUACAGAUUUUGCUGGAAUAUUUUCGUUUUGAAACCUAAUUGUCAGGUGAACACAACUUGAUCACUUGAAGCAUCUGACUGUUGACUGUGGCGAUAGAAGAGAUACGUGCUCUGAGUGACUGCUGUAAUCAUGGCAUCGUAUGGGAGAGGAGAGCUAGACGGAGGGUAUUCCUCCUACCAGUCAGGAGGAUUCUCAGGCCAGUCCAGAGAAAAUGAGUUUUCCCGCUUGUCACAAACUGUCAGCCAAACCAUUCAAAAGAUAACACAAAAUGUCUCCCAGCUGCAGAGGAUGGUGGGACAGAUCGGUACCACGGCAGAUUCGGACCAGUUUAGGGAAAGAAUGCACCAGACAACCCACUACACAAACCAGUUAGCAAAGGACGCCAACAGAGAUCUGAAGGAACUGAUGCACCUGCCUAACCCACCCAACUCCUCAGAACAGAGGCAGAGAAAAAUGCUGAAGGAGAGGCUAACAGAUGAAUUUAGCAAUGCUCUGAAGAACUUUCAAACAGUACAGAGAACUGCAGCAGAGAAAGAGAAAGCCAGCAUCUCCCGAGCCAGAGCAAACUCCGGCUUAAAUAAGUCCCCAUUUGGAUUUGAUGAUGAUGAGCGGAAGAGUGAUGACCAGCUUGUUGGGUAUUCCCAGACCAAACAGGUGUUACAGAUGGAAGAGGAUGUGGACUUAGAACUGAUCAGAGAGAGAGAAGAUGCCAUCAAAAAGCUAGAGAGUGAUAUCAUGGAUGUGAACACAAUAUUUAAAGACCUUGGCAUGCUGGUCCACGAACAAGGGGAGGUAAUAGACAGCAUUGAAGCUAAUGUAGAACAGACUCAGAUAUCAGUCCAGCAAGGUACCAGUCAGCUGCAAAAAGCUAAAGAAUAUCAGUCCAAGGCACGCCGGAAGAAAUGCUGCAUUCUCAUUAUCGUCGUUGUUGUGCUUAUCGUUAUUGGAAUUAUCAUAGCGAUUGCAGUUCCAAAAUCAUAAAAAAUCCCGAAGAAGGCUGUGCAUCAUAAUCACAAUUGUAGUCAUUAUUGUUGCUGUAAUUGCUAUCAUUAUCUGGCCUCAAGCUAAGCAGUGACCUCCAGAGGCUCCUCCCACUGACCUUUGGAGACUCCUCCCAAUGACCUUUGGAGACACCUCCCACUGACCUCUGGAGACACCUCCCACUGACCUCCAGAUGUAUUCACCAAACUCUUGCGAUGGUGGUGCACAUCUGCUCUUCACUUUCCAGAUAAAUGAAACUGAAGUGAAACAUGCAACCAAGAAACGCAAGACACAACGGACAUUGUCAAAAUGAUGAUUGCAAAACUGAAAGUGAUGCCCAUGACAAAUAUAAGAGAGGGACACAAUCCAGUGUAUUGUACAUAAAAACAUAACAUGAAUUAUGUAUAGAUGUAUAGGUCUAUAUUUGGUAGAGCUACCCUCACCGGAAAACAAACAGAAAAAAAAAAGAAAAGAAAAACAUGAACUGUAAUCUACAAAAUUACAUCUGUCAGAAUCUGAUUUUGGUACGGGUAUGUUUAGUAACAUACUUUUUGUUGUUGCUUUUUUCUUGUGUUUAAUGAUUUGAACAAAAAAAAAAAGGAUACGGUACAUUUGAUGCUGCCCUUGAUCACAUACAGUGCUGUCAUGAUCAUAUGGCACAUCCAGUAGUGGGUUUGUGGACUUCUGACAUUAUAAAGUUACAGGCUAUAAGUGUUUGGACCAAAACAAAAACAGUAUGGAUAUUAGCUCUGUAUGUUUAUUUGUAGAAAACUGGAAUUACAACACGAAAUAUUUGUGAUAAAAGAGUGUGUAAAGUGUCCGAUGUGAGCGGGUGUUAUCUUUCUAAUGAUGGACAGCUGAUCUUUUGAACUAAUGCCCACUUCUGUUUCUAACCUUCUGCUGGGAUAUUGCGUCAAGAAUUAACAGAUGCCAUCUGGUGGUGAUCUUAUUGAAGAAAUUAGGUCAUGGAAAACAGAAUUUGCUUUAUAUAAAAGAUAUUUUAUGGAUAAACAAAGAAAUUCCUUGCCCUGGCAUGUGACGAUUUUCAUGCAUUGAAUUGGAACACAGUGUUAUUAUUCACUUGGUUUCACUUCAUAUAUUGUAGGGCUGCUACUAAAUAUGACAAAUUACAAAUUCUGUGAAAUGUGCAUUUAAGAUUUGGUCAGAUUAUAAUGAUAUAUGUAAAGGAAAAUGUUAUCGAUAUCAGUAUACAUGAAUCAUAAUGACUUCCACAGCUAUUGUGAAAAUAUACCCUUGAGAUGUAUCUUUAAGGAAAUCAUAUGUUCUGAAGCAGUAAAUGUCCACCAGCUUGCUAAUGAUUGACUACGUUUUAUUCUUGCAGAUUUUUACCUCAGUUUUAGAGUACUUUAUAUAAGAGAGGGUCUGUACACAAUUUUGUGCCUAGCUUGAUAAGUUUUGUAAAUAUUGUCCUUAGUACUGGUACCCAGAAUGACCAUUAUCACAUUCAGAUAUCAAUAUCAAAUUUUGUAUAUACUGGAACUUAUAUCUAUUAUUUUGUCAUAUUUUAAUUUGCAAUGUUUUAUUAUUGACACUGGAGAUACCUUCAACCUGUACAUGUAUUUAUUCUAUUGUUUUCGUCUUUGUAUGUUUUAGUAGGCUUAUGCAUACAUCUACGCAAUCCAUUGUGGUAUUGUAUUUGGUGGUUUGAAAUGCUGUUUCCAUCAGUCUUAGUGACACUGAGGUAAGACAUCUCUCGGCAAGGAACCUACCAAAGGGGAAAGGGCAAAAAGAAAAGGUUAUUUUACAUGAUAGCUUCCUGUGGCUAUUAUGUGGGCAUUUGUGUGGGCCAUCUCAUAACUCUGUGUAUUAAAAUAAUCUUCAACUUGUCUGAAAAUCAAAAGCAUUCAAGGUCUGUGUGAUCUUAUGUAUCAGUUGAUAUCUACACCUUUACCUUUAAUCCACUGAGUUGAGUUUGUCUCCUCAAGUAUCCCAGGUGGCGAGAAAGAAAUUAAACCUUGCAUAUCAGUUGAUGUCCUUCCCCUCCCCUCCCCCCCCCCCCCAUUUUCUCUCAUGGUGUGUGACAGGCAACCCAGUCAUCAAAGUUUACAAGUCUACUAUAGGGUUGCUUUUGAAUCAAUAGAAGUUACGUAACAUUGGUUUAGGAUGUUUAUGAUUUAAGCUCUAUGCGAUGUAGAUAUGGUACGCAAAGAAGUUAUGCCAAACAGUCUUAAAGUUUGCCAUGUUAGACAUAUAUGUGUUAUCAUUUGUUAAUUUUACACAGCGGCAAUUAUUUUCUAACCGAACAAAUAGCGUGUGUGUUGCAGAAACAACUUGGCCCAGUGGCCCCUAGAUUUGACAGUGUCAUUCUGUAUUCAACCUUAUGUAUACCGCAAUAACAACUUUAGGCCGUUGC